AUGACCUCUGAAUGUAGCGUCACCAUCGAGCAGGACAACGACGGUGUUGAGGUAAUGUGGGCGAAUUAUGUUUGACAGCAACUUGUAUUUAUUGUGGAACUUGUUGUCGUUAACUUGCCAACAUCAUGAACUCUCUGCGGCGGGAAACUUUGAACGCUUGCUAGCUUCUGCUGCAUGUGUCAUCAGAAGUGACUGCUCGCUAACUAAAUGCGCUGGGACACUUCACGACACGAAGUGGCUUUCGUAGCAGCUUAGGCCAGCAUUUUCGCUGACCUAUUUCCUGACCUUAACCCGUCUCCUAACCUAGCUUAAUUUUCCUAGCUUGCUAUGAAAGUGAAUUUCAUAGCGCAUUGAUGUGAAGUGUUUCUCAUCAAUGCGCUUGCUAGUUAGCCUACUGGCUGCACACCUCGAUAUUUUAUGCCUACUUGGUGGUUUAGAAGUUGAAUUUAAGAUUUGAUUAACUAACACUGCACUGACUCAUUUUACCUUAACAGGAAAAAGUUGUGGUGAAGAGAGACAGUGCGAUAACCACUGUACUCUGUCGCCUGUCACAGUUUUGGCCGGUCAGACUUGCGGUAAGCAUGUGCCCCUAGCUUCACUUCUGUCUUCACUGGAUAGUUUGAAUUUGACUCCAUGUUUAGACAUGGGAUGGUUAAGGUUCAAUAGUUUCAGUGCCCAUAAUUGGCCUCAUAAAUGUGCCAUUUCAAUAAUCCCAUGAGCACCUGUCAUCACUGUGCAUCUGUCUUGGAUAUGUGAUUUAUGGCUCUUUUUUAAUUGCCAAAGUAAUUAAACCUAUGUUAUGUGUCUGCAGAUGCGUGCUCUCCGUGGGUUUUGGUGGCUGUUUGGUUGGUCCCCUUCAGAUGAGAAGGCUUUCGCUGCUCCAGAAGAGGAUGACCGCUCUAGUCCAGCCCGCCAUUGUCUAACAGGCCGCAAGCGUCUGCGGCGGGCCACACGCAUACUGUUGGCUAUCCUGCCCCGCCGCAUGCAGAGCGCCCUGGGAUACCCUGUGUGCACCAGCAUCGGCUGCGCCGUAUCCCCAGGCAUGUAUAGCCAUGGUUUCUAGCUACAGCAUUGAGACGUGCUUGAAAUGGUAUGGGGGAAUUCUAUUAUUAAUUUGGGUUGUUUUUCAGAGGUGCGUGUCUCCCCCACUAAGCCCUGUGGGAAAGGCAACAAGAGGAAGCAGGAUGACGUUGAUGACGAGGAGCAGCAGACCUGGGUUGAGGCCCUCUCUCAGGAACUAGAGGAUGAGGAGCCUUCUGUUGAUCCUGACUAUGAGGUGGGUUCUCAUGUUAUGGGUUGCUCUGACUGGGCCUAACCCUGGUUCUUCUCACAUGGGUAGUAUAUUUUCUCUAAAAUGCAUGCCAUCAUUAAACCGAUUUUGUCACGCUAAUUUCCCAUGGCACUUUGAAUCGAUUUGACACUUCUGUACUUGAAUAAUCCAUGUCUUUCCUUUUUGACAGCCGAGCGCAGUGGAUACUGACAGUGAGGAACUUAACUCUCACAAUAACACAGAAAGUGACCUUGACGUUUCAGAGAAGGGCGUGAUCGAGGACCUUAAAACGGUACAGAGUGAGCAUCUCGCUGGGAUGGUCUUUCAUCAUUCUGCAAGUACUCUGACUAGGAGACUGGCUUUGAAUGUAAAGUUGUCUUUUUUGCCUUCUCUUGUUGCAGGAUAUUCCACAAGAGGCAUAGUGGAAGGUGGCAUUUCAGGUACAUCUGGUGUGAUAAUAAAACCUGUAAAAAUGUUUUACUGA